AUUCCUGUAAUGGCUGCUUCCUGGAAGGUAAUGUACGAACUCGUCUCCGACGGAUACUUAGGUUGCACCAGUGUAUUUGUAAAACAGGAGCAAAUUUGGGCCUUGCCGUUCCAAAGUCGUGUCACGUGGAACAUCUUAAUCUCAGCAUCCGGAGCUCCAGGAAGGGAAAAUUUCAAGUCAGAUAGAAUUCUAUAUAUACCAUUUCUUUGGAACCUUCAGCCUCCAGAUUCCAACAUCAUGACCUCAGUUUCAACACAGUUGUCCUUAGUCCUCAUGUCACUGCUUUUGGUGCUGCCUGUUGUGGAAGCAGUAGAAGCCGGUGAUGCAAUCGCCCUUUUGUUAGGUGUGGUUCUCAGCAUUACAGGCAUUUGUGCCUGCUUGGGGGUAUAUGCACGAAAAAGAAAUGGACAAAUGUGACUUUGAAAGGCCUACUGAGUCAAACCUCACCUUGAAAACCUUUGUGCUAUAGAGGCUAAACCUGAGCUCUGGUGUGUGAAAGGUUCCAAGAAUCAGUAAAUAAGGGAGUUUCACAUUUUUCAUUGUUUCCAUGAAAUGGGAACAAACAUACAUUUAUAAAUGGAAAAAAAAAAAUGUUUUCUUUCCAACAAAUAAUGCACAGAAAAAUGCAGCCUAUAGUUUGCUAGUUAGAAAGGAGGUCAAAGAAGUAAAAUGACUGAAAUUUACAUAAGUAAUAUUUCAUAAUCUUAGAAUUCUCUCAAAGCAUGUGAAAUAGGAAGAAGGAAGUUCUUGCCCAGAAUCUUAGGAAAUCACCACUGUUUGGUUAUAAUCACUGCCUCCUGAAUCGUUGAGGAGACUUUUCUCCUUUUUUUUAUUAGAUUUUUUUUUUGUUGUCUCCCAAGUUAAUAUUAUAUUUAGAUAUCAGAGAGUCAGCCAAAAAGGAAAACUUUUAUCUCUGGGGGAAAAAACAUUUAGAAAAGUGUAUUCAGUGUAUCUAAUACUGAAAUGCAGAAAAAAUCUAAUGUAAAAAAAAAAAAAAAAAAAAACUAUAGACAUUGACAUGGAAGAGAUUUAAUGUUUUGAAAAAAAACUUGAUAUUAACCGAGUAACAUCCUCCUGAUGAGAAGUACUAUAUUAAAUAUAAACCCAUUAUGUUAUAA